CAGAACUUCAGUACUGCCAAGCAUUGCUGUAGGUAUUGCUUGGUAUCUCGCAGUGAACUUCAGAAUGUGUAUGUAGACUUUCCCAAUCGCACAGUUGAGUCCUAUAAGGAGGCAGUGGAAACUCUAAGGACGACCGAAGAAAAUGUUGUUAAUGGGUUGAAGUUUGACUCCAUUUUCAACUCUCUCAAGUAUUUUCAUGUUGCUCAGCCUGGCCUUCCCCCAUGCCUUGGCCACGAUUUGUUUGAAGGCGUUGUAGUUAUUGAUCUUGGCAUUUUCUUGGAAUACUUUGUAAAAAGGAAGUGGUUUUCAUAUACACAGCUGAACAGGAGACUUGCACAAUUCAAAUAUGUGGAUUCUGAUGCUGGUUCUGCCCCCUCCCAGAUAUGUGAAAAAGGCAGAAAGUUAGGUGGUCAAGCAGCUGAGAACUGGUGUCUCCUCAGAUUUCUUCCUGUCAUAAUUGGAGACCGAGUAGAGUCACAAGACCCUGUAUUGCAACUGACUGUUAAGUUAAAAGAACUGGUUGAGCUAGUGUGUGCUCCCAAGAUUACCACAGCACAGAUUGCAUAUCUCAAUGUCUUAAUACCAGAAUAUCUGGAAACAAGAAAGGAGCUGUUUCCUGGUGAAAAUUUGAAACCAAAACAUCAUUACAUGCUUCACUAUACGUCACUCAUUUUAAGUCUUGGACCUUUAAUUUGUUUGUGGUCAUUGAGAUUUGAAAGCAAACAUUCCUACUUCAAAAGAAGUGUGAGAAGAACACAGAACUUCAAAAAUGUAUGCAAGACAUUGUCACACAACCAUCAACUUCUUCAAGCAUAUCUUCACUCACGGUCCUUUUUUUCACCAAAGCUUAAAAGUGUUGACUUGGCCACAUACUCUCCUCAUUUGUACAGUUAUGCUGUGUGCAAAGCUGUUAAGACAAGCUUGCUUAAUGAACCAGACUUUGUUUCCACACGUGUAGAAUACAAGGGUACCCUGUACAGGAAAGGAAACUUAAUUUGCCUUAAAUGUGAAGAGGAGUAUUCUAUUUUACAGUUUGGACAGAUUGAGCUGAUUUUCGUGAAAGAUGAUGAGGUGACUUUCCUUGUGACUCCCCGCCCCUCAGUGUAUUUGCAUGAUUAUGGACUUUAUGAGAUUUUGUCUGUGACAAAGGAAUUAAUUUGUGUAAAAGCUGAGGAAUGUCUGGAUUAUUAUCCCUUAAAUGAGUACAGUUUUAUGGGACUGAAGGUCAUUACUCUGAAGCACAGCGUUGUUCAUCUGUAAAAAGGAUUAACUGUCCUCUCCCAACAGAAAUGGAUGCAUUGUUGAUUUUUAUUGAGAAUGUGUUCCCAAACCCUAUAACUUCAAAGCUAGCCAUAGAGGGUUUGAACAGCCUAGGUGUGGAGACCAUAGAUGACCUACAGGUUUGAAAGAUGAUGAUCUAGGUGGCUUUCUGUGACCGAUUGAAGCAAGAAAACUAAUAGCCCAAAUCCCAAGUGACAGUAGCUGUGAAACUUCGUUUUAUGACCAUGACUGGCAUUAUAGUUUUGAUGUUCCAUGGCAAAAAAUGCCAGCAAGUUUUAUGGGAAAGUUGCAAAAUGGCGAAAGGCCAAGUUGCUCUGAGAGAAGACAGUUGGUCCGCAUUGUUGCUUCUGAGAUCCUGGAAGUCAGCAAAUGUCCAGCAAAAAAAACAUGUAUCAGAAAUAGCCCGACAAAUGGUGAUUGCAUACCCAAAGUCUUUCAGAGAUGAGAUUAAUUCCCAGGUUGUAGGAAGUGGAUAUGAUUCUCUCCUCAAACAACUGGUGUGUAGAAUUGACAAUUUGAAAAGAGCAAAAGCUAUUAGUAUACCACUUUGUGGUACUCUAUCAACAAAGAAACGAAAAUUGUUAUAUGGUUGUAUAAAUUCUGAUCCACAACUGCUAGUUGGAGAAACAUCCGAAUUGCAGCAGGAAAAGAAAGAGAAGUUGGUAGUAAUGUUUCAUAAUAAUGAAAGUGAUGUAAAGACAAUCUAUGACUUAAUGACUUCUACAUACACCCCUCAAAGAAACAGCAUCCAAUCUGGAAAGGAAACCAAAGAUUUACUUGAUGAGUGGCCAUAUCUUUUUCAGCCAGCAGGAAUGAAAGCACACUUUAAAGAGCUCACUGGCAUUGACAUAAACAACAGCUUUGAAGAAUCUGCUUCCAGUAAGUUCAGAAGAAUAUUGGACUACUUUCAAUUUCAGUGCACAGAAAGAGCAAGCAGAGCAGGGAGAAUCCUCACAAAGUAUAGAGCUGGAGGGGAUCAUGUUUGUGGGGCCGUGAUGUUGCUGCUAACCCAUUUCAAAAAUGACCAAGACCACUUUCUUGUGAUGGUAGAAGACACCUCUGUUCCAAGUGAUAUAUGCUCAGAACAGCUUCCAGCAACACCAUGUAUAGUAGUGUGUGGAGAGAACCCACUGACAGCCAGUGUGUACAUAGUAGCAGUAGACCAGAUGAUUGUAAAUGACCAUCUCUUGAGUUUUACAGAAGCCCUGUAUCUGAUGUUCUCUCUUUACUAUAUAUUGAACAUCAGUUACCCUGUAGAACUGGGAGCCACACUAGAAUUCUUGCAAAGGUGCAUCUUUAGGAUAAAUCCUCAUAAAGGUACCAAUGUGGAAAAGAGAGAGAAAAAGAGAGCGUACUCUGUCAACCCCAGAGUAUUGAGUCUGACAUCAAAAAUUGCUGCAUUUGAUUGGGGAGAGUAACAGAUGUGGUCUUUCAGAAGAUUGGCAUUUCGCUGAAGAACAGGACAGACCGACUUUUUGUACUUCAGUGCAGCGCUUUGUUGCUUAAAUCAUUUUUAUUACCUUGUGACGUGAUUAGGAUUUAGUUUAAAUUUAUUUAUUUAUUUGAUUGGGACAGUGCAUGUUAAUGAACAAACAUGGAAUACAUGCAUAUAAACAUGCUGGAUUGUAGCCAAAGGCUAAUUUCCAUCCGUAGUCCCACGGCUAAAAUCACACUGGUCACAAAACAUUACAUAAUAAAAUUUACAUCUACAGUUAGUACAUUGUUUAUCAAUAAAUUAGCUAAAGCCCCGUAUACAAUAUUCACGUAAUACUUGAAAUUCAUUCAACUUCAAAAUUAUCAGAAUCCAGGCCCAGUGUUUUUGUUUCUUUUAAACACAUUUGUGUUCUGAAACAUGCUUUAUCCAUUUUCUCCAUGUGACAUGUUCAGGAUUAUCAGAAUUAAUGUCGAUUUCUUUGUUUGUUUUUUUUUUGUUUUUUUUGUUUUUUAAUUGAACAAAUUUGUUUUCUAAAACAUGACUUUUGCUGGGAAGUGUUUUUCCAUUGUUUGAUCUUGAAGGUUUGCUAUAUAAUAAAAAGCUGAAGUUGUUUACAGCAAUACUCUGGCUACCAUAAUUUAUUGUAAAACAUUUUACAAAAAUUUGUGUUUCAAGAGUAUUUUUAAUUUGUUUUUAGCAUUACUUCUGUCACACAGUAUACAAAGAUGUCCCUCUACAUUUGGUUUAAAUAAAUAAAUUCACUAGAAAAAGAUUAUGGCAUGAAAACAUGUAAGCCCAGAUUUGCUAACUAUUUGUGGCAGUGCACA